UCUAAUAUAAUGGCGGAACAGUUCUUUAAAGUCAGAAAUACAUACUUAGGCAUUGAUGGAGACGGUAGUUUAGACGACAAACAUUACUUUCAUAAAUAUCCCAGAGAAGAUAACUCUACAGUUAUCAAUGAGAUGGAUCACAGUGCACAUAUGAUACAGUCAUCUCAUCAAAAAGGCGCAAAUAGUUUCUUGACCCACCACUUAAGUUCUGAUAAGGAGAAUCAGUAUGAACCAGUAGAGAAUAACUCACUUCAACACGAACACAUUGAGCAGAGUGAAUCUAAGGACAAAGAUAGCAUUUACAGCAUCUUUGAUCAAGUGAAUCCAGAGACAAAGAGCCUUCAUUCAAAGAUUCCGGUCAAAUCCUCAAUGAGGGACAUAUCUAAUGAAAAAUAAACCUGUGUAUCAGAACAAGACUGUCUCUUUCUUCGAAGGACAGAACAGAUUGUCUGCAAGUCUCUCCCAAGAAGAGCAAAAGUAUAGUUUCAGGCAUAAUGAUGAAUACAUGAAUCCUCACCAGCCAGGGUUUUCACUAAAUACCGCAAGUAAUCGAGGAACCUCUCCAUAUGAAAGAACAAUGAGCGAUUAUGUAGAAACUAAGAAAAGACUAAUGGAAAAAGAAAGUGUAAUAUUUGAGCAAAGAAAAAAUAAGCUUGAAGUACUGAAAAGAGCACGAGAGCUGAGAAAUUCUAGUAUCGAACAAUCAAAAAUCGCUAAUUCUGCGAUAAAUAUUGAUCCUGAAAAUGGAUAUAGCCCUCAUAUAAUAGACAUAAACCAUAACACCACUGGAAAAAUUGGAAACUCUCCAAGCAUCACCGACAUUAUAAUUCCUCCAAAAACCCCAAGUAAUGCCCUUCGUUCAAUAUAGUCCUCAACUCAGACCUAAAAUGCGACAAUGAGCACCAAGAUCCCACAGCUUGUCCAAAACGAAGACUGGAUUACCAAGACUCGCCAUCCCAAUCAUCCCGCUCCUCUCACUCAUCCAACUCCUUACCCACAUCAAAAUCUCAAACUCCAGUCCCCAACUCCCGCUCUCGAUCCCGCUCCCGAUCCCGCUCAGCUUCUCAGCCCCGGUCCCGGUCACCCACCCCCUUGACCCCUACCGACAUCCUCAAAGACCCAUGUGCCUUAUCCUUCCUAAAAACCCACUAUCCUUCCACGCCCAAAAUUCCAAUCUCACAUUUCGCUGUGAGAUUGACCCAGAAUUACCUGAAUAUUCUGGAGAGUUUCAGUGUAUCAGAGGAAGAAGUUGUACCAGUUUUGGAAGAGAAACUUGAGAAUAAAGGACUUCUUAGUUUGAAUAAGUUACAAGUUAUGACCAGCUCUAAAGGAUUGCUAGAGUUUAUAUCAGAUAUCUGUGAAAAUCUUAAACGUCAGAAGGAGUAUGAGGAAAAUAAGAAGACUCAAAAUGAAGUAUUCGAACAGCUUCAAAUCGUUAAAGAAGAACUGGAACAAAAAGAGCAAGAUUUAUCAGUAAAAGAGAAAGAACUUGAUGAGCGAGAGGAAGAAUGCUCAGAAUGGGAAGAAGAACUCAAGUAUAGAAUGGAAGAAAACCAACAUGUCGUUGAAGAAGGCAAAAAUCUUCUUGAAGACCAAGCGAUCCGCUGCCAGAAGGAAAUUGAACUAAAAUUUAAAAAGCAACUUAAAGCAUUAGAGAAGAAGCUUGAAAGCGCCCAAAGAGAUCUAAGAAAUAAGACCCAGCUGAUUAAACAACAAAAGAAACUUGAUACUUCAGUAAGAUAUGGUGGACUUAAUACCUCUCUGAGAAGCUCCAAAGGAACUAACGGCGAUGAUCCAUUAGCAGCAGCAAAGAAAACUAUUGAAAAACUUAAAGCAAGGAUUUCUAAUUUGGAAAAAUCUUAUGAGGUGAAGAAAUCUAAAGCAGAUACAUUGGAAGAACAGCUUGAAAAAGAGAAGAAAGAGAGAAACAAAUUCCAAGAAAAUUAUUAUAAAAUCAAGUCCAAAAAGGAUUCUCUUGAAAAGGAUCAGAAGUCAUAUAAAGAGAGAAUUGCAGAGCUUGAAGUGAAGCUUAAUCAAGCUAAUAACAAAAUUGCAGUUCUCGAGUCUCAUUCUAUGAAGCCUACCAACAUUCAAAUUCCUCCUUCAACCUUAUCCAAAGAGCUUGAGCUUCAAGACUUAAAAUCAGGUGAUGACUUAGAUUCAUUUCUCUCUGAUACUCCAAUGAAGGGAUCUCCAAAGGAAGAAUCUCGUAAACUUCAAUCCUCCAAGGACCAGAAGUCAACUCCAAAGAAGAAAGCCCCUUUAAAAGCAUCUGUGAAAGCCAAGCUGUCUGAGCCCAGUCAGCUUAGAUCAGUUCCUGAAGAGAGUAAUCUGUUCAUUGAGAUCAACACCAUUUUGCUUGCAACACUUGAAAUGACUCUUCCCUUAAUGAUUUCUACUCCUCAGACAGAGAAGAAUACUCUUGAAGAUACCUCAAUGCUGUCUAUAACUCCUAACAGAAAACUUGAGUAUUCAAUGUACGAUGAAAAUGAGCCAAAUGAAGAGAAGAAGACUAUCAAAUUUGGAGAAAUGCUUUUCCCAGCUUUCAACAAUCUUGCUCCGAAACUCAUAGAAGCUAUAUAUGUUAGCAAGCAGGUAUCAGAAAGCAAUAGGGGUAUUCAAGGCCUUGCUGAUGUGACAUGGAGCUGUCUUUCCUUCUCAUUCCAUUCUUAUGUAUUCCCUAAUCUUGUGAAGGAAGUUAUUGAUUCCCAAAAAUACGGCAAACUAGCAUCAAAUGAUUUAACAAUGUUUAAUAAAGCUUUCGAGAAAGGAAGCUCUUACGAAGCAAAAAAGUUCAUGCCAAUCAGGCUAGAUUUUAAGGCCAAGACAGCUAUUUUUAAGAGAAAGGUCAAAGCUAUUAGCUCAAAUGUGAGGUACUCUGAUCAUGUUAAGCACUCAAGAGCUGAAGGGAUCUCCUUCCCUAUUUACGAAGUAUUCAAUGACAUAGCUGUCAGUGAUGCAGUUGUGGUAGAAUUACUUGAUUUGAUACAAGUAAAGAAAGCUCCUAGCGAUAACCAAGAAAAUAUGAUCAAUACUGCUACAGAAAAUUCUCACAGUAGACUGAAAAGCAGUAAGCUUAAGAAGAGUCUGCAAAAGCCAUCAGGGAAAGAGGAAGCUGAUCAACAUCCAGUAAUUAAGAGGAAGGAUAAAAUAACUCCUAAAAUGAAAGUUAUUGCUUGUUGUUUGAUCAACAUCCUAUCUAGCUCAACUGCUCCUAUAUCCAAAUCUCUAGCAAUUCUCGACAACUUCUACUCAAACUUACCCAACGAAGAAGUCGAUAACCUCAUGGAAAUCUUUCUAGAAAUAAACAUUCUCCCAUUGCUAGUACUAAACCUCCUCAACGAGCAACUUUUGGACUCAUCUUUAAACAUACUCCUCGAACUACUGACCACAGAUUCGUACACUGACCAAAUCUGUACUCUCCUACUAGACCCUUCCCUAUUCGAAAUCCUAAAAAUAAUCUCCAUAAAAUACAGUACGAACAGGUCAAAUUUCCAAGAAAUCCUGAUAAUCCUUCAUAAUAUAAACAACGUAGAUCCUAUCAGGAUGAAGGAGUUAUGAUCAGUGGACUACAUCGAGUUUUUGAAUAAUGAGCUAGUGAAGGAAAGCCAAGUGGAAACAGAGCAAGAUGACGAGUUUUUGAAAGAUACAUUAGCGCAGAUACUUAAUAGUCUUAAUGAAUAA